GUAAAAGUACAGAAGUGAUGAUUCGAUGAAUCUUUUCGUCAGGACUCCUGACACAGAUUAUUUCUCUCGAAAACUUCGAAUUUUGUUGUCAGAAAUCUGACUUAUCGACGCAACACGUCAAAGGAGAAGCAACUCAUCGACUAGUAAAUGUGUGUGCAAAAACCAUACUAUUGUACCGUGAAAGUACGAAAAACUGCGAUGAUGUGAUCGUUCGAGAUUUCAGUUGGUAGAUCCCUCAUCACUCGAACAGCUCACAAUCUUGAAAAGUGGAAGUUCCAAACUGAAGAAAGCAAAAAACAAAACAGUUUCAUCAUGAAGUAUUCUUUUUCCCUCGUCGUUGCCCUGCUUGCAUCGACCACCGAAGCAUUUACUGUCCCAAAGCAAUCCCCCACUUUCGGACGCACCAAUGGUUCUGCCAAGUUCACUCCCACAAAGUUUGUUGAUGAUGUCGCUACCUCAUCAUUUGACACUCAGUUGAGUGCUGCCUCCCUUACUCCCCUCGACUUAGAGAAGAAAGGCGACAUUGCCACGUGGGAAAAAUUCUCCAACUGGAUCACAAGCACCGACAACCGCCUUUACAUCGGUUGGUUCGGUACUAUCAUGUUCCCAACUCUUCUUGCCGCAGCAUCAUGCUUCAUUACUGCAUUUAUUGCCGCACCUCCUGUGGACAUUGACGGAAUCCGCGAACCUGUUGCCGGAUCUCUUCUUUACGGUAAUAACAUCAUCACCGGGUCUGUCAUCCCUUCUUMCAACGCAAUCGGGAUGCACUUCUACCCCGUUUGGGAAGCUGCCUCCAUGGACGAAUGGUUGUACAACGGAGGACCCUACCAAUUGGUUGUGAUGCACUUCCUUCUCGGAGUUGCUUCGUACAUGGGCCGUGAGUGGGAACUUUCGUAUCGCCUCGGAAUGCGUCCUUGGAUUUUUGUUGCAUUCUCCGCACCUGUUGCAGCCGCCACCGCUGUCUUCCUCACCUACCCCAUUGGGCAAGGAAGUUUCUCAGAUGGCAUGCCUCUUGGUAUCAGCGGAACCUUCAACUUCAUGUUGGUCUUCCAGGCCGAGCACAACAUCCUUAUGCACCCGCUUCAUAUGGCCGGAGUUGCAGGUGUCUUCGGAGGAUCUUUGUUCUCCGCCAUGCACGGGUCUCUUGUUACUUCCUCUUUGAUCCGUGAAACCACCGAAAACGAAUCCACCAAUAACGGAUACAAGUUUGGCCAGGAAGAGGAAACCUACAACAUUGUCGCCGCUCACGGGUACUUUGGACGUCUCAUCUUCCAAUACGCGUCGUUCAACAACUCGCGUGCUCUUCACUUCUUCUUAGCUCUCUGGCCUGUAUUGGGUAUCUGGUGCACCGCCAUGGGUGUCUCCACCAUGGCCUUCAACCUCAACGGAUUCAACUUCAACCAGGCUGUCAUCGACUCCGAGGGACGUGUCAUCAACACCUGGGCCGACAUAAUCAACCGUGCCGAUCUUGGAAUGGAGGUCAUGCACGAACGUAAUGCUCAUAACUUUCCUCUUGAUUUGGCUUCUGGCGAGAUUCUCCCUGUCGCAAUGGAGGCCCCAGCCAUCGUUGAGGCUUGAACUCGUAUAUAAACUUCUCCGGUUCUAAUGCUGUCCAUGCACUUUGCAACGCGCAACAGCUCUCAAUUACAUUUCAAUAACAUUAAAAUAUCAAU